UCCAUACAUCGAACUGUGACACGCACAUACGGAUGAAUAUUAAUAACCAGCGAGCGGUGUAAGGGCCGCCUGCUUCUCCGCAAUCUCCUCUCCUUUCACAGGCCGCUCGUACCCUGAUGUGAAUCCCAAGUGGUGGGGGAGGAGUUUUUCAAGUGUUGUCCAUGGCGAGUAGAGAGCCAAAGUACAACCUGGUACGUGAAUUGGGACGUGGCAGCUAUGGUGUAGUCUAUGAAGCAGUGGUAAGAAAGACUGGAGCACGGGUAGCAGUGAAGAAGAUUCGGUGCCAUGCACCUGAGAAUGUGGAACUGGCUUUGCGAGAGUUUUGGGCAUUAAGCAGUAUCAAGAGCCUUCAUCCUAAUGUGAUCCACCUAGAGGAGUGCAUCUUGCAAAAAGAUGGGAUGUUGCAAAAGAUGACACAUGGAUCAUCCUCUUCUCAUUAUUUAAAGCUGGUGGAAACUUCACUGAAAGGGGAACUCAGCUUUGAUUCUAGAAGUUCGUACUAUCUCUGGCUUGUAAUGGAUUUCUGUGAUGGUGGGGACAUGAAUGAGUAUCUGCUAUCGAGAAAGCCCAACCGUCGGACCAACACUAGUUUCAUGCUACAGCUCAGUAGUGCCUUGGCUUUUCUACACAAAAAUCAAAUUGUGCACAGGGACCUGAAGCCAGAUAACAUAUUGAUUACUGAGACCGGAUCAGAAGCUGGAGGAGGUGGGCCUGUACUAAAAGUGGCAGACUUCGGUCUGAGUAAAGUCUGCUCCGGGCUGGGAGCUGAUCAAAAAGAACCCGUUAACGUGAACAGAUGUUGGCUUUCGACGGCUUGUGGGUCAGAUUUUUACAUGGCCCCAGAAGUUUGGGAAGGCCAUUAUACAGCUAAAGCUGACAUCUUUGCACUGGGGGUCAUCAUUUGGGCUAUGUUGGAAAGGAUUACAUUUAUAGAUUCGCAAACUAAGAAAGAACUAUUGGGAAGCUAUGUGCGUCAGGGAGCAGUGAUUGUGCCCCUUGGUGAGGCACUCUUGGAAAACCCCAAGAUGGAACUUAACAUUCCUGUUAAGAAAAAGUCCAUGAAUGCAGGAAUGAGACAACUGAUUAAAGAAAUGCUUGCAGCAAAUCCACAGGACAGACCUGAUGCUUUUGAAUUAGAACUGAGGAUAUGUAAAAUCACAUGCAGAGAGUGCAGCCGGACUGCGUAAGUUGAGUAUGCAUGUGAAAAUAAGAAGUGGUAUACAGGGCUGGCUCUGACCAAUUUUGAGACUUGCCAAAGGUUUGACAUUGUAGGCAAGCAACUUUUUUUUCUCUGCCACCCUAGACUCCCAAAGUGUAAAUUCAAAAUUUAACUAGCUCAAUUUAACCUGCACUUCUAAGGUGUUGCUAUUCCUACACCUUGACUCAAAACUGACACCACUACUGUUACAUAACCAGACCCCAAUUGACGAAUCUUGAACAUUCUGACCCAUAGCUUGCAAAUCCCUUGUUGAAUAUGUCACUAGUUUAAAAAUUUUGUUUGGUGCUGAAGGACAUAAUCUAUUGUAUGGCUCUGAUGGAAUGCCAUUUGUUGGAUUUUAUGAAAUUUAAUUAAUCACUAAUUAUUCAUGAGUUGUUUCAUACGUUCAGAUUGUCCUCUUCCUCCAUGCCCACCCCAACCUCAUAAGAACUCUUGAUCUAAGCUGUUAUGAUAAUCUAGUGGUGCUCUUAAAUGAUUUUAUGGUGGUCUGGCCCCUUUUAAGGUCCUUUCAGAGAAAUCUUAGACCAUCACAACUUAAUUCUUAUUGGAAAUGACAACCAAUCAACUUUUUAGAAUUUAUUGGCAUUAAUACAACUUUCUAUGUUGUUAAUACCUUGACAGUGAGAAGGCUGGUGCUAAAUUAAUUGACCCUGAUUGAGAAAUCCAUCAAAUGUUGAUGGUGUAUUGAGCUGUGUUCCAACACUGUCUUAGUUGAGACAAAUGUAAUUUUGAAAUUGAUGUUAUUUAACAGUAAAAUGUCAACAUACAUGCUUUCAAGGUGGUGCCUGAACUUCGUGACUGCUGACUUUUUAAUAUAUAUUCUUAAGAAAUAUAUUUCUCCUCUUCCUCUACCCCAAAUCUUUAUUUUUACAAAUUGGUUUGAAAAGUGUUAAAUGCUGUCUGUCUCCAUGUUGAAAUUGAUCUUCUAAUCUGUGGAAUAUGGGACAGUAAUACCCCAGUAGUAAUACCCUGUCCUUUUGGGCAUAUUGAAAUGUCAGCUCUGUUAUUUUUUUUCUCUCUAAAGAAGGAAGUUUCACCAGUUUGAACAUGGAAACGAUGACCAUACUUCUGAGUUAAAUGUAAAGAGGCCAUUUAAAAGUAGAAUUAGGACAUUCAUUAUAUUGGCUAUAAUUUAAAUUUGAGGUUUUCUUUACUUUUUGAUAUAUGAUGUUAUUUGGACUAGCAUAAAUUGGGGUGGGGGGAAGGAAAUGUGUGGGGAAAGAUGCAAUAGAAAUGUAAUCCCAUAAUUGUCCUUUUAGAAGAUAUAAUUUAGAAUGGAUUGUGCAGAUGGAAGGGAAUAAGGGUGUUUUGCAGAACAUCUAUCUGCUCCACUUUAUGCCUUUUUGACUACUGUCAUUGCCAUGUUGCUGUAUCAAGGGUAUUGCACAUAUAAAAUCCAUCAGGUCAAAUGGAAACUAUUUAAAAGUUAAAGUGGGUGUAAUGGUGAUGUCAUGCAUUAUUACAUAAGACUACAAAAUGUAGAAAUUUUUAAAACUUCAAGGCACUAUCUUGUCAAAUGGGUUACCUUUCUACUGAAAACAAAAUGUAUUAAACUAUACGUAAACUUUACUGUGAAAUUUGUAAGAUUUGUGUAAUUUAUUUUAAAUGUAAUAUGUAUAAUUAAAAUUAUAUGAAAACUA